GCCCCUUUGCUCCCGACUCGGUGAGGCCGUCCCGUCCUGCCUGAGGCUGUGGCUGUCUUCUCAGGUCCAGGCCCUCUGUGCCUGGAACUGGGCACACCUGGCUGGACUCACCCUCUCUCUCCACAAAGGUUGUCCAGUGUCCCAGACGAUGUGGCAUGGAGGCUCCAGAACCCACCUGCCCUGCCCCAUCUGCCAGAGAGCAGCCCGCUCCUGUGCCUGGUCGCCCAGGGGCCCCGGGUGGGCAGGCCUCGCCUCGCCUGACCCUGGGCCCCUUGCUCCUGCCGCCAGAGCAGGGCCUGGCACCCACCGUGUUCCUGAAGGCGCUGCCCAUCCCCCUGUACCACACUGUGCCUCCGGGGGGCCUGCAGCCACGUGCCCCACUGGUGACAGCCGGCAGCCUGGACGGGGGUGGAGUGCCUUUCAUCCUCAGCCCCCUGCUGCAGACUGAGGGGACCGUGAGCAUCGUGGGUGCCCUGCCGGUGCUGUCGCCUGGCCCUGGGCCAGCGCUGGGCAGCCCGGGCAAGGUGCGGAAUGCCGGCAAGUACCUGUGCCCGCACUGUGGCCGCGACUGCCUGAAGCCCAGCGUGUUGGAAAAGCACAUCCGGUCCCACACGGGUGAGCGGCCUUUCCCCUGCACCACCUGCCGCAUCGCCUUUAAGACCCAGAGCAACCUGUACAAGCACCGGAGGACGCAGACGCACCUCAACAACUCCCGACUGUCCUCAGAGUCUGAGGGGGCCGCGGCAGGGCUCCCGGAGGAGGGUGACAAGGUAGCAGAGUCCUCCAGAGUGAGCAUGGCAGAGACGGCUCAGGAAAGACCCCUCUCCCCGGAAGCCCAGCUGCCCCUUGGGCCCGCACCCACCGACAGGGAGGCCCCUUUGGGCUCGACCCCCGUGCUGAGCCCUAGGCUGCCACCGGGCAGCACGCAGCUCUGGCAGCAGCAACAGCCGUCACAGGACCAGAGGCCCAGCUCCCUGCAGCAGCCGGCCACGCCGUCGGAGAAGCCAUGGGACCCCAGGGGCUCCGAGGGCCGGCUGAGGAAGUGUGAGAGCACCGACUCGGGCUACCUGUCCCGCUCGGACAGCGCUGAGCAGCCGCCGCCCGCAGCCAGCCCGCUGCACAGCCUGUCUGAGCACAGUACUGAGUCCGAGGGAGAGGGAGGCCCCGGCACAGGAACUCGGCGGCCCCAGACGGAGUCCCGCGUGCCAGGCGACAGCCUGGAGCUGGAGAAGAAGCGCCUGGAGGAACGCAUCACUCGACUUAUCUCGCACAACCAGGCUGUGGUCGGCGACCCCCAGCUGGAGCACGUACGGCCCCGCAAGACGGUCCUCUCCAAGCAGGGCAGCAUCGACCUGCCCACGCCCUACACCUACAAGGGAUCGUUUCACUUCGACAUCCGCGCGCUGGAGCCUGGCCGCCGGAAGGCCGCCCUGGGACCAGCCCGUUCCACCCUGGCACCUCUGGACAAGUCACGGCCCCUCUUUUUCCACUCUGUCCCCACUCAGCUCUCCACCACUGUGGAAUGCAUCCCUGUCACCAGGAGCAACUCACUGCCCUCCGUCGAGGGCUCCAGGACUUGGCCGGAACCUGCCGACCCGCAGGGCACAGGGGCCGUCAAGCAGCCCCGGCCGCUGAGCCCCAGGCGGGCCGCCCCAGCCCGCUCAGGGUACCGUGCAGGGCUGACUUUGGCUGACAUCCCCAGUGGGCACCCCCGUGCUCUGGUCAGACAGGCUGCUGUGGAGGAUCUGCCCUGGACCCCUGCUGGGGACCCCCUGGGCCCGGAAGAGGAGGCAGCUGUGAGAAGAGCCACCCCAGGAGAGGCCACCGCCAGCAAGGGCAGAGUGGCCGGCCGGAGGAGGAGUGGCCAGAGGCGGCUGGAGAUGUUUUCCCAGGAGAAGUGGCAGGUGUAUGGGCACGAGACGUUUCAGAGGUUCUACCAGAAAGCCAAGAGCAGCUGCCACGGGGGCCCGAGAGCCGGGGAGGGGAGUGGGGGAGGAGGAACAGGAGCAGACCUUCCCCCUCCCCAGGAAGAGGCUGUCGGGGGCCAGCAAGGAACAGCCCGGAACAGGGAGACCCCGGCCAACAUGCACGCUUCUGGAAGUGUCAAGCCAGACGAAUCCCUGGGGUCCAAGUCCCCAAAGCUGGGGGAGGAAAGGGCUGGAGCGGGGGCCCAUGGACACUGUAGGACAACCAGAGCCACGCCACCUCCAUCGCCGGGCAGCAAAGCCCAACCCUGCUCGGCCAGCAGGAACCCCCUGCUCCCUCCAAGCAUGAGGCUGGAGGUGCCCCCCGCCCCUGGCCCCCUCCAACAAGGGGAGCUGGAGGCCUCCAGGCUUGCUUUGCCAGAACGCAGCCAGGAAGGAAGCGUGGAGGACACGGGUCCCCCGGCCCGCAGCAUCCUGAGAUGGCCCAGCAGUGGCUCCGGGGAGUUGAAUCUCCCCUCAGAGCGCAAGAAGCCCAAGGUGGAGGGGCUGGGAAACCCAGAGCCGCUGGUGGCAGAGACCCCAGGGGUCCCCGCAAGAGUUGCCUCCCCAGGGUCCCUGCAGCAGGACAGUGGCUCCGAGAAGACCCCAGAGCAGCUGCACAGCAGUGUCAGGCAGGUGGAUGAGGCCCUGGAGCCUCCUGGCGUCUCCUCAGAAGAGUCCACCCAGCACGCUGUAGCCAUGGGCCCUGGCCAUCAAUGCGCGAUGGCUCCCCAGCCUCGGACCGCAGCACACGACGCCUUUCCCCCCAAGUACCUCCUUAGGCUACCUCAACGAAAGACACCCCCAUCCCUGUCUGGCUCCCAACCUCCCUGGCAAGACCAGGACUCCCUCGGAAGGAGUGGGGGGCCCAAGGAACGGGCGUCUUUGAUGGGACUUGCCCUGACUCUCAGCUCAGCCACCGGCCCAGCCCCCGGGCAGGCUGGCAGCAUCUCGUGGGCCUCCCGGGAGCCCAGGGCUUAUGCCCAGAGGAAGAAGGAGCAAGUGGGAGUGGAGUGGGGGGCCGGGGCAGUCUCCUUCAGCCCCUCCUUUGUCCAGGCUGCCGAGGUGGGGCCCCACACCCUGAGCCAUCCCUGCCCCUCAGCAAGCACCAGGCCCUCCGGGAGUUACCCGGAUCUCUGGGCCUCCAGUCUGGGGCUGGCCAGGCUGCCUGGGAAUGCCCUACCAGAGCCUCCUCCAGGGCCUGGCCUGCAGCUCACACUCCCCUGCCCUGUGAAGCCUGGCACCUUCCCUACGGCCGCAGGCUGGCCUGAGCUGGCCUCGUCUCCUCACUCAGGGAACCCCAGGAACUUGAGGGACCCCAGCACCUUCCCCUCGCUGAGGAUGGAGCCCCAGCUCACGUGGUGUUGCCUGAGCCGCAGCGUGCCGCUGCCUGUGCAACAGGAGAAGGCCGCCUCUGUGUACCUGGCCGUGCACUUCCCUGGAGGCGCCCUCUGCGAGGAGGGCCACAACCCCCAGCCUGUGGGCCAGGAGGAGUGGACCAGGACACGCCGAGGAGAAGGAGAGCUGGCCCUGAUGCCCAAGCUCUCCCACCCAAUGCUCCCAGGGGUGACAUCCCACCACCCAGCAUCUGAGCCUGAAGGGAAGAAGGGACGGCCUCCACGGAGGGCAAAGGCGCCACGCAGAAGCAGCAAGCAGAACAAGCUGAGGAUCAACCCCACGAGGUACAGAGGGGAUUUCCUGCACAGCCUGGGCCCACUGCGAGCCAGGAGACUGCGCAGGCCACCCUGGGUGCUGACAAGGAGCUGCCACCCUCCUCCACCUCGGGGGACAGACCCAGCCAGGACCUUUGGGCAGCCUUCUUCAGACAUAGCAGGUGUCAGUGCACCAGGACAGCCAUAUUGUGUCACCUCGAAACAGUCUCUUCGGUGUGGGGAGGAAGAGAAGGAGGAGGAUGACUACAGACAAAUCCCAAGACCGUGCUGUCCUAGUUCAAGUUCAAGCACUCUGAAGGAUCUUUCUCCAUCUGCCGGCGAGCGUGGUGACUGCCACCCUCCCAACGCUGCUGUGGUGCCAGCACCGUCUCUGCAAGCUGACACCGGCCUGGCAGCAGCACACGACCUUGUGCCCCACAGCGAAGGUCUUGACCUUGGGAAGCCGGAGACUCGGCUGCUUCCCUCCCCAGAACGAGUCACAGCAGGUCCCAAGCCAGGCACUUCUUCAGACACGCCAGAGUCUUCGCCCUCUGGACCCAGCGGAGCCCUUCCUUGCUGUGACACUGUUGCUUCUGGGGCCACUUGUGUGUCCCUGGGGGUGCGAGCAGCUCACACAACCUUGGCUAGGCACAGUGUGGAGCCACAGGAGCACAGCCGCACCUCAGAUGGAAAAGCCCCAGCCCAAAGGCAGCCUUUAGACACCACUGAAGGCCCUUUGAAGAGCAUCCAGAAGGAGGGGUUGGAAGGCGUGAGGAAGCAGACCCGAGUGCAGCUCAGCGACACCAGCAGUGACGAUGAGGACCGGCUGGUCAUAGAGCUCUGA